GGUUGGGAAAAUAUUAGUAUAUAAUUAAAGAAGUUCUACAAGAGCAUUUAGGAAGUUUUAUGUUAUCACACUUACAGAUAUUGAGAUAGCACUAUAGCAGCAUGGAUUUAAAUAGCUCUACUAGUACUUAUGAAGCUAGGAUUUAGAUAGGGAAUGUCAUGUCUUAUAAAUUUACGUUCUUUGAAAGUAUUACAUGUAAUCCUUAGGCUUAAGUAUAGUGGAAUUGGUGUAGUACAUGAACAUUAGUUUAGAAAAGCUUGUUUGUUAAGGUACUACAUAAGAGACUUCAGAAGAGUGCAUCUAUGAUCUAGUGAAGCAGGAGGAAAAAGAAAAAUAUGAAGUCAACACUUUUGUGUCUUACAAGUAUUUUGUGGGUGGUGGCAGCCCACAACCACCUUCCUGACGGCACUGCAGUUGUAACUGAACCACAGAAUGUUGUUGCUGGGAGUCCAGGAACACCAUGGCCUAUGCCAAAGAGUACUUCAGAGUUUGGAACCGUAAUGACUAUUGAUCCUACAAACUUUAAGAUGUUAGUGAACAUAAAAAAUUGUGAUAUUAUGAAUCAAACAGUUCAGAGGUAUAUGAAGCUGACAUUUUUAGAAAAAUGCUUGCCAAUAGAUUCCCCAAGGAAUUCACUUUCUAAUUCAAAGAAAAAUAGUGAAAAAAAUAAAAUGAUUAAAGCAAAUGGGAUGCUCUACAACAUUUCUGUCACUGUGUUAGGGAAAUGUGAAAAAUGGCCUUACCUAAAUAUGGAUGAACAGUAUUUGUUAAAAAUUGAUAGCCCAGACCUUCCUGGUAAAGCCAAUUUGGUCAGUUCCACAGUGUGGGGCGCAUUGCGUGGCCUCGAGACUUUUAGUCAGAUUGUAUAUUCUCUUGGUGAUGGAAAGUUUGGAGUAAAUUCCACCAUGAUAUUAGAUUCACCAAGGUUUUCUCAUCGUGGUUUGCUUCUGGACACAUCUCGCCACUUUGUUCCUGUAUCAGUACUGAAACAAAACUUGGAUGCAAUGGCAUAUAGCAAACUGAAUGUUUUCCACUGGCAUAUAGUAGAUGAUCAAUCUUUUCCUUAUGAAAGCUUGAAGUUUCCUAAACUCAGUGAAAUGGGAGCAUUCAUCCCCAAAACACACACAUAUUCCCAGGAAGAAGUAGCUGAUAUUAUCAAUUAUGCAAGAGUUCGAGGAAUCAGAGUAAUGGCUGAGUUUGACACACCAGGACAUACUCAGUCUUGGGGAAAAGGACAACCUGACCUCUUAACACCAUGCUAUAGUGGAGGAAAGCCUAAUGGAAAUUUUGGACCCAUUAACCCUAUUUUGCAGAGUUCUUAUGACUUCUUGGCUGAAUUUUUUGGUGAAAUAACUAAAGUAUUUCCUGACAACUAUGUUCACUUAGGUGGAGAUGAGGUUGAUUUCAGUUGUUGGAAAAGCAAUCCCAAUAUAACUGAUUUCAUGAAGAAGCAUGGAUUUGGUAGUGAUUAUUCCAAGUUGGAGGAGUACUAUGAGCAAAAACUGGUCAAUAUUCUUCAGUCCCUAAAAAAGAGCUACACCAUUUGGCAGGAAGUUGUAGACAAUGGUGUCAAAGUUGAUCCCAACACUGUUGUUCAUGUCUGGAAGGAUCCUCAGGUACAGGAGUUACAGAGAGUCACAUCCAUGGGUUACAAGACACUUCUGUCCACUUGUUGGUAUCUGAAUUACAUCAGCUAUGGAAAAGACUGGCCAAAGUACUAUACUUGUGAUCCACAGGAAUUCAAUGGCACAGAAUACCAGAAGAGUCUGAUCAUGGGAGGAGAAGUCUGCAUGUGGGGGGAGUUUGUAGAUGGAACAAACUUGAUAUCUCGUACCUGGCCCAGAGCUGCAGCAGUUGCAGAGCGUCUUUGGAGUGUGGCUGACCUUAAGGAUGCAGACAAAGCAGCUCCACGUUUUGAAGAGCAUCGUUGCCGUAUGUUGAAGCGUGGACUUCGUGUACAACCUGGAAAUGGUCCAAGUUUCUGUGAGUGUGACUUUGUUGUGUCAUAAUCAUGUCACAAUCUACUACAACAAAAUUUAACAGCUGUGUAUGAUGAUGUUAAAGAUUUCUGUAAUUCUGUUCAAAAUGUGUAAUAUAUUUCAAUAACUGAAAUAUGUUAUAUGAAUUUUUAAAACAGUUUAUUACAACUAAUAUAAACUUUGCUGUCUUUGAUUGAACUUGUAUUUGUUUGAAUCUUCAUAGAUAUAUAUGUAAUAGUGUUUAAAACAAAUUAAAAGUAUGCAAGUUAAAAACUUAAUACUCAGACAUAAUAGUGUUUUUAAAUCUGAUGUUGAAUUAUCAAUGAAAUGUAUGAGUGAUAAAUAAAAACUUCAAAGGAA